UGUGAUCUCACAAUCAGCUGUUUUGUACGUUCUACAUUCUGAUCCGAGGAUCAGCUGGAGGCAGCAAUAAACAGAAGAAAAUCUGCAGCGGAAAAAAUAGAGGAGAGGAGGAAGAAGGAAAAAAAAGCUGCAGAUGUUAUGAUAUGAAAACAUCAGUGUAACAUUUUUACACGAAGCCCCUUCUUCUAAGAAGAAAGCCUUUUAUUUUUGUAUAAUGGUGUUUUAACUACCUCACAUAAAGGCUAUCUAAAGCUAUGCUUUAAGAGUUGUCGUUUCUACUGUGUGUGAGAUCUCGUUUACAACUUGAAUAACACUGCAAAGGCAGGCCUUUGCUCCAAACCAAGUGAAACCUUAAAUUUGCACUAUCGAAGCCUGUCUACUCCUGUUCCUCAAAACCAAGAUCCAGCAAGGGGCUUCAAGUGAGAGAGAAAAAAGAUACUCGACAAAAAAAAGCAGCAUAAAACAGCAACAAGCGAUAUAUAUAUAUAUAUAUAUAAAUAUAAAUAUACAAACAAGAAAUUCAAAAAGGCAGCUACAGCUUUUUCUUUGUGGACAAAAAGCACCAGAGUCAUCAACACUUGACAAAACAAAGCAGCCAUGUUUCAGCGUCUUAGCAACCUGUUGUUUGGAGAGGUGGAAGAGGUGGCCGCUGAGCUGAAGGGACCCAACCCAUGUGUGACGGAGGCGGAUGAGGAAGGAUGGAUGCUCGUCAACCUGCCUGAAGAAUCUGACUGCAUGAUGCAGGUAGAGGAUGAGACGGGAACCCCACCGACUGCACAAUCAUCCCCAGACAGUAACCAAUGUAACGAUCAAGACACACACACAAGGACUGAAUGCCCGGCCCUCGUUCCCCACCCGCCUCACAAGCGUCGUAGGACACAUAAAGGUCGGGCACGGGGGGCAGCAGCAACAUCGUCAGACCCCCUGUCUUGUCCUAGCACUAGUCCGUCAGACUUGGGUGCCACUACACCCGUGACCCUGCCAAGACGGGCCAGACUGUCCACGCCCUCCUCCACCCCGUCAAUGUCCCCAGGCUCUGGGAGCGAGUUUGGGGGCAGUGGGGGUAGCAGUAGGGCAGGCUCAGAGAGAGGCUGCAUGGAUGAGAGCUGGUUUGUCACCCCUCCCCCCUGUUUCACUGCAGAGGGAGCCACAGCGGAGGCCAGCCCGAUGGAAGACCUGCUCAUAGAGCACCCCAGCAUGUCCGUGUACGUCUCCCCAAACAACCUGUCCAUGGUGUCCAACAGCAACCUGUCUGUGGUGGGAGAGGAGAGCAUUGUCAGCCUGACAGGCAGCGUGAGCAGAGUGGCCGAGCCAGCCGCUGCCCCCGCUACUCGCAGCACUACUAUGCCCACCAGGGUGACCCGUGGAGCAGCUGCCCAGGCUGGAGCUCUGGCCAAGGUCACCCAAGUGGCCAGAGUCCAGCGUAGCAAAGCCCGCAUCGAGCGGCGCCAUCUGGGCCGCAACCGCAUCCAACGCCAAAACCGCACCAGGGAGCAGGUUCCCCGCCACGCAGCUCACGCCAGAAACACCUUCCUCCACCAGCCCAGCAAGCGUAACUUCUGCCACUAAACUCCCCAGCAACAGGGGGCAUUGUUUACUCUGCGGGCAUUAGUAGUGCAUAGUCAACCCAAGGCACACAUGAUUAAAUAUAUUCACCUGCGGCAUAUUUGCUUUCAUCUCUGUCCAUUAUAUCCCAUUACACUCAGUUACCUGUAGACCAGUUGCUUUUUUGUUUUGGUUUAGUCACGAAUCGACUCCACCUGGUAGUUUGAUGCCCCACUCUGCUGUUACGAACCAAGCCCUCUGAGUAGAUCUGUGUAGACAUCUAUUAUUCUCAUUCUCCAUUGCAGUAUCCAAACAAGAAAAAAAAGUCUUCAAAAUAUUUAUACAGGUUGUACGUAGUAAUAAUAAUGUCUGAAAAACAACAAAAAGUUGAGUACUAUUAAUUUUCUGUCCUAUCUUAGUAGAUUUUCUCCUUUCUUGCACUCUCCCUCAAGGCAUGUUUUUUUAAAACUUAAUUCACCCUUUAAAUCUCCAUUUUAUUUUGUUGAUUUUGGAGAUAAUAAAUUGAACAUGAAGUGGUCAAAUGUACUUCACCCUGACUGGAGAAACAGUCUUUUUGGUGGAAACAAUGCAAGACAGGGACAAGUUAAGCCUAAGCAGGUUUACAGCAAAAACAGCUCAUCAUGUCUUCAAAGCUUAAUAUUAAAGGGGAUUUAAUGAAAUUAUAAUUUUAUCUUUGUUCAGAAGAGGAGGAAGAAAGUACCGUGUGUGUGAUAAGAGCGAGUCACGUCAAGGAAGCAUGACACAACAAGUUUCACCAGAGGAAACUACAGUUGUGAGACUCUUCUCUUCUUACUUUGUGAAGGUUAAGAGCAAGUAGAAGAUGGUGAGAGUAUGAGCAAAGCAGACUAAAGAGUUAAAGAAAUAACAUGAUGAAUUAGAACCAGAUAGUAUGUGGUUAAUGGGAAAUGGUCAUAGGAAAGUGUAACAUAACCCUCUAAGCAGCCUGUGAAUGUGUUUUCCAGAAUCUAACACCGAACUUCAUCAGAGAGCAUUUAGAAUAUAAAGAAUUUUUGCUAUCAUGAAGGUAGAUGUUAUGGACACUGAUAAUAUCACUGUCAAGGAUUAAGAAGGCAGUGAAACGAUGCAGGGCUUGCUACUGGGUUACAGGGUAUGGCAGGUUAUGGUAAGUGCAGAGCGGUAUCGAUGGACACUCUUUAUUUUGUUUUGUUAAAUAGAUUUUUGCUCAUUUUAUCUUUACAUUACUUUUACAGCCUCCCUUUGCAUUUCUCCACCAAAAGAGAAAAUCAAUUCUGUCCCCCAUCAGACGAAGAGAAAGUACACGUUUGACUUUCAAAGUCAACAGAAUCUCCCUGUGGAUCACAAACAGCAUGAUGAUCGUUAAUUGCGUGGUCUGUAAACUCAAGUAAUGCGCCCGGCACACACCAGUCAUUCUUAUCCAUAGUGUGUGCUGUGAUCUUCCGUUAUCCAUGUGAACACCAAAAAAGUGGGACCUAUUUGUAUAUCAGUCCCUUUUACGUAACAAAAAAGUCUCACAACUGUUAGGAGAAGGGGGAACAAACAUUUCCUUAAAGCCUAACGACAAACAUCUUCCCCCACAUUCAACACUUUGAACAACUAUCAUCUUGCUCAUGGACGUGCAACACAUCGCUGACAUCUGCUCCGUUAUUGUCUGUCUCUUUCUUGUUAGCACAUCCAGCUCUAACAGUGUCCACUAGCUUACUGAUAUGUAUUCAACAACAAUAGUAAACAAUGGUGCUGAAGUGUAUACUAAUGUUUGUAAAUUAUUUGAGACAUGGAUGUAAGUUUGCACUGUCAUACAUUAUUGUGACUCAACGUUUUAGCGGUGUGCAGUGUGCUUGUUUGUUUUUUUUUCUUCCUGUUUUUCUUUUGUGAUUUUUUUUUCUUUUUCUUUUUGAUCCAGAUUGUGUGUGAGAAGGUGUACUGACACGUUAAAAUGAUAGAAACUCUUUAAAAAAAACAUGAAUAUCGGUCAUUUUUUUCUCUUGUAAAUAUUACAAAACAAUUUAUAAUGCUCCUUUAGAUGUCAAAGCCUCUCAGGACUUAAGUCCACAACAUUGUGUCCAGUGGGACUGAUGAGAAUCCACUCUCUGCCUCACCUCUGUGCUCAUUUUCAAACCAAGAGGGCAUUUCAGUGGCCAAAAGUGGUGCCUGUGCCCCAACUUCACAAAAACAGCACGAGACUCAGAGUUGACGUGCCAUAGGCAAACACUGCCCUCCGGAGGGUCCACUCAGUGCAGCACUCGCUGUAUGACUGCUGAUGAGGAUACAGUACAAUGAUGUGUUUUAAAUGCGUAUGCACUGGUGUGUUCAAAAGAUAGACUGAGAGUCUCUGAGUUUAUUUUUGAUUGUUUGGAAAACAAUCAACGUCUUGUCUUGUUUUGAUCAACUAAAGAAGUAAGACACGUUAAUUUUCCUUGAAUACUACAUGCUUUUCAUUUCUGCCAUUAAUCCCACAAAUGACUAUGUUUUGUUCAAAAUAUGUUAAUUUAUCAUAUAAUUCUGAUUAUUAUCUUUUUUGUUUUGUUUUAAAGAUAACUAUGUUGUAUCCCAUCUAUUCCUCUAGUGUAGGGAAUGUGUCUGAGGUGAUGAUGGUGCACACACACAUAAACACAUGGCGAUCUCUGUUUAAUCUUCCACACUCUCCAGGGGUUUACAAUUCUGACUAACCGUCCCUGGGGUGCAGUAUUUUUGCUUGCCUGUUAUUUAAAAAAAAAAAAGGGAGCAAAAACAGGGUAAUGAUGAGAGUUUACAGGUGAAUGUGGAUGUGUGUGUGUGUGUGAGUGUGUGUUCAAAAUCACCACAGAUACCUCUGACGCUGCAAAACCUGUUUUCCUCGUCUUUGUUUCUUUCCUUUCUCACUGGUGUCAUGUGAAAAGGAAAUGUGUUUUCAGUAUGUUACGUGUGAUUAUCGAAUGGUGUGGUUUUAAAAGUGGAAGUCAUCCAAAAUUGGGAAGAGGGAGUGGUCACCCAAUGUGUCGAGCCUGAUAUGAUGUAAGAGAUGUGGGCGGGGACCGAAUGAGGCAGGAGACAAAUAGUUUAUAUAUUAAAAAAAAAAAAGAAAGGAAAUGUAUUAUAAAAAUACAAUAGAAAAUGCUUGUAUUUUCCCAUAUAGCUAUUAGAAAAGUUGUUCAACAAUAGGAUGUUUUAAAUGAAAAGCGUUGAAUGUCUGGGGAGUUUCAUAUGUUUUAUGUUGUGCCCUGAAAUGAUGGCAGCUUAUAAAACACUUGGGGUUUCGCCCAUGUUACAUCUCAAUUAGUACAGCCCUCCCCCCAUAAAAUGAAAUAUAUAGACAUAAAAUUUGGUGUAUCUGAUAUCUAUGGUGAUUGUGCCUUUCACUAUUUCUGCAUGGUUUUUGUGACGUACUGAUUUUCCAUCCCAACGGUGGACAGUCAUCCACUGACAGGCAAGACCUAUGCAAAAAUCAACGGAUGGGUUGUCCAGCAUCCAUUAAGAAAACACAGGUACCCGCCAAAAAAAACGACAAUAACAACAACAAUAAAUACUCAGGUUAA